AGUAAAUUCUCCAAAUUAUUUCCCCAAAUCUGUAAUAUGCCCAUUUCUCGCUUCGUGUUCUUUUCUGUUAAGCACCGCUUCGCUCGUUCUCCUGCUCUUCUCCCAAGGUUUGAUCCAUCUAGGAGAAUUCAAUCUUGUGGGUAUGCUCAAUCAGCAAAGAACGGUUACAAAAAGCCAACUGGUCAUCCUGUUGUGAAUGUUGAAACACAGGCUUCUCGCUCAUGGGGUGCUUAUGUUAUUCCACCUAUGUUACUAGGCUUUGGUGGAUUGGUAGCUUUUCUGCAUUAUAAUGAUGAGAGAAGAGCAAUUAAGAGAGGCACGGAAUACAAUACUGGUAGUUCUGAUACGGCAGCAGCUCCAAUUAUCGGUGGUCCAUUCACUUUGGUAAAUACAGAAAACCGGGUCGUUAAUGAACAAGAGUUUCUUGGAAAUUGGGUUCUCCUGUACUUUGGCUAUACAUCAUCUCCUGAUAGUGGACCUGAUCAAGUCCAAAUAAUGGCCAAGGCUAUAGAUACAUUAGAGUCAAAAGAGAAUCUGAAGGUUUUACCUGUAUUCGUGACAAUUGAUCCUCAGCGUGAUGGUCCUGCACAACUCCGUGCUUACCUCAAAGAGUUUGAUCCAAGAAUAGUGGGAUUGACAGGACCUGUUAGUGCUGUAAGGCAAAUGGCACAAGAAUAUCGUGUUUACUUCAAAAAGGUUGAAGAAGAGGGUGAUGAUUAUCUUGUUGAGUCUUCUCACAACAUGUAUUUGAUAGACCCGAAAAUGAAGGUUGUAAGAUGCUUUGGAGUAGAGUACAAUUCUGAGCAACUGUUGAAGGAAAUAUCGAAGGAAAUGAACAAACAUCAAGUUAAUGCCGAGUAGCAAGGCUUUGGUGUACUUGAGUAAUGUUUCAUCUCACACUUCGAAAUUCGGAUAGCAUAGAAACUAUUGAAACCAAUCCCUAUCUUUCCUUUCUUAUAGUUUUUUGUUGGGUCCAUUUUUCUCGGAUAUAGUUUGAUUUCUCGUAGGACAAUUCAAUUGUCGAAAUGAAUAGGGUGUUGUUGAACUUGAC